UACAGCAUGUAGUGCGUUGUUUCGAAAGUCAGACCGACUGCGCUAAAUGAUAGAAUAUAAAAAUGUACUGGCGUCCGGCCGUGUCAUCUCGACAUCUCGAUAUUAUCACAUCGCAUUGCCGGAUCUCACCAGCUACUGAUCAUCCCGCUUGACCUUGAAUCCUUUUUGAAGAAGCGCUAUAUCGACUUAAACAAGAAGAUGCCUCCUCCGAAGGGAGUCCAUAACAUAAUUGAAGGUCCUGGUGACUAUGAUACAACUUCGGUCAUUCAUAGCGAUACUUACCCUGCCAUCGAUUCGGCCAAGUCUGAUUUGAGUGGGAAAGCAGUCUUCAUCAGUGGUGCGACCAGGGGUAUAGGUAGGGGCAUCAGUGUCUCUUUUGCAAAGGCAGGAGCGUCAAUGAUUGCGAUCGGUGGAAGAGCAGACCUAAGUGACACUUCUCAGGCAAUGAGAGCCGCGGCAGCCAGCGUGGGAAAACCGGAACCCAAGAUCCUCGAACUUAAGUUCGAUGUCUCGAGUAGAGAAGGUGUCGAUGCGGCAGCUGCCAAGAUAAAAAAGGUCUUUGGCCGCAUGGACGUUGUGGUCAACAAUGCUGGAACAGGGCUCGGCGGAGGUCCGAUACCAGAAUCAGACCCCGAUAACUGGUGGAAUACAUUCGCCGUUAAUCUGAAGGGACCGUAUCUUGUUAUGCGUGCUCUCACUCCUCUCAUGCUCGAGACAGGGGGGCUGAGUACGUUCGUUACUGUCAGCAGUGUUGGCGCACAUCUACGCUCUCCGGGAUACAGCGCAUAUCAAACCUCGAAGCUUGCCGUGCUGAGACUCACCGAGUUUCUCGAUGCUGAGUACAGCGACAAGGGAAUCGUCGCCAUCACCAUACAUCCUGGAAAUGUGGCUACCGACAUGACGCGCGGGUCCAACGGCAAAGUACCCGAGGAACUGGCUCACAUUUUUGUCGACACGGCUGAGCUGACUGGAGAUUCAGUCGUUUACCUGUCGAAAGAGAAGCGACAGUGGCUGGGCGGACGAUAUGUCAACGUCACAUGGGACCUUCCUGAGCUCAUGGAGAAGAAGGAUGAGAUAGUCAAGGGAGACAAGCUGAAGGUACAGUUGGUGGUUUAAUAUGAACACGGCUCACUGCUGCGGCAUAUGAUCCCAUUUCAGCGUUGAUUGCAGUGUGUUGCUUCGAGUAGCUUUGGGUUUUGAGUAAUAUAACGAAACGAAACAAAGAGUAUGAUCAUCAGUCCUCGUUCCAAACGGCCAUUUGAUGAAGCGACGGCGACAAGAGUUUAGAGGCCUCUAUCGUAGAAACGGACACCAUAGAUACUUGCAUCUUGUAUGAUUACAGUGCUGAGUGCCUAUGAUAGAGUCCUACAGGAUUGUCAGCUGCAUGUCGUAGGCCUUGU